GUUUGGUACGGUGUGCGGCGUGAGUGUUUUAGUACCGAGCGGAGAGGAGAUGCACACGGCACUCGAGUGAGGGGUUUCCAAGCGAAGAGAUAAUGAGAGUUCACACACAUACCAGAUUCUGCUUUCUCUGCGUGCUGACCCUCCUGUUCCAUCAGUGCUGUCACUGUCAUGAAGGAGGGGCCCACCAUCACGACGGGCACAGCCAUAGUGACCAUGACCAUGUCCACAGUGACCUGCAGAUUUCAGAGUCAACCUGUGGAGGUUUGUCAGACCGGUUGCCGCACGUCAACCACGGCGAGCCAGCGGAAGAGCAACGUUACUACAUUCAGCAGUUGUUCUGUAGGUAUGGCCAGAAGGACAGUCUGAAUUUUACAGACUUCCAGAGUCUGCUGCUGAGUUUAGGGCUUGGCAAGGUGAGGGUUGUGGGACUGGAGCAUGAAGAUCUUGGCCAUGAUCAUGUGGCCCACUUAGAUAUUUUGGAAGUUCAGGAAGGCUGGCAUUCGCAUUCUGACUCUAAUCCUCACCCUCAUCCAAAGCCCCAGAACACUCACCAACACUCCCAGCACGAGGAAGAAGAACACACCCCUGCUGAGGAGCUCCCCUGCAGUAAAAGACGUGGCACUGGAGCUGAGACCACCAUUGAUGGUCGAUCAGAAAACCAUGAUCAUGAGAAAGAUGGUGAUCAUAAACACACACACAUCCACAAACCUGACAAAGACAGUCCUCAGACUCAAGAUCAUGACCAUGACCACGAUCAUGAUCACAAACACACACACAGUCACGAACAGGACAGUGACGUGACACAGCAAAUGGACCAUGACCAUCAUGAUCAAAAUAGUAAACAUACACAUGAAAAUAAUGACUUAAGUGAAGACCAUAUGCAUGUCCAAAACCACGAUGACCAUGGGGACAGUACCCACCAUCAUCAUGACCACCAUCAUCACAAGCACCCCCACUCUCAUCUCCAGCACAGUCCAGACAGUAUGGACCACACCACGGUAACUCCUCAGCUCACACCCAGACCGAAAGUUGCAGCUCAUGAGUUCCAGCCGUCCACACAAACUGAGCCACCCACCAAACAGCCCAGAAGAAACAAGAGACCACCAAAAGGCAGAGGCCAGCGGAACCGAAGCAAGACCACCAACACUGUUACUCAUGCCACCGGCUUAUCGGAUCCUGAGACCAGCGGAGAUGACCCGGAGAACAGCAGCCAGGACCAGAGCUCUCGUCAGCCGCAGAGGGGGAGGAGAGAGGUGCAAGGAGAGCUCAUGAAUCCCACUGUUAAAUCACAUGCGCAUCAGCAUGAGGAGUGUCUGAAUUUAACGCAGCUGCUGCAGCAGUAUGGACUGAGCUCCGAGUCUCUCAUCUCUCCAGUGCAGUUUACCUAUUUAUGCCCAGCACUACUCUACCAGAUUGACAGGCGCUUCUGCAUCCUUCAUUACCAUCACGUUGAGUCUGACGCCCAAGAUGCAACACCUGCAGUGUGGAUCUGGAUUUGGGGCUUUGUGUCCAUCACCAUCAUCAGUCUGCUGUCUCUACUGGGUGUUAUUCUGGUGCCCAUCCUCAACCAGUCCUGCUUCAAGUUUCUCUUGACCUUCCUAGUGGCUCUGGCUGUUGGCACCCUCAGCGGGGAUGCUUUACUGCAUCUACUACCUCAUGCUCAAGGAGAACAUGAUCACAGUACUGGAGGGCACAUGGAGGAAGAACACGAAGAGGAUUUUCUGACAAAGUUUGAUGGUGUUUGGAAAGGACUGACAGCAUUAGCAGGAAUCUACCUCCUCUUCAUCAUAGAGCACUGCAUUGGCAUGUUCAAACACUACAGCGUCCGAAGGGGAAGCCUCUGCCAGAAGAAGAAAGAACAGGCAAAGAUUGGGAGUAAAUUAUCAGACCACAAACUCAACAGGCGUUCAGAUGCUGAGUGGCUCCAUCUGAAAACUGUAACAGAGGGAGAAGUUAUGACGUGUGAAGCUGGGCACAAUGACACUCAGAUGAUGGAGCUGCAGCCUUUGGAUUCCCCCAGCAAGAUGCCGCUGGCCAUCGCUGAUUCCGAUCACACCUACAAAGAGGCAGUCAAAACAGAGGACAGUGGGACAAAGGCUAAGACAAAAAAGCAUGGACACGGACAUAGUCAUGGCCAUUCCCAUCAUGGGCACUGCCACUCUGACCAGGAAAUGAAAGAUGCCGGAAUCGCCAGCAUAGCAUGGAUGGUUAUCAUGGGAGAUGGCAUGCAUAACUUUAGUGAUGGACUUGCUAUAGGUGCUGCUUUCAGUGCCAACAUCACAGGAGGCAUCAGUACUUCAGUAGCUGUUUUCUGUCAUGAACUUCCCCAUGAACUGGGUGACUUUGCUGUUUUAUUGAAGGCUGGAAUGUCAGUGAAGCAAGCUAUUGUUUACAACGUCCUCUCUGCUCUGAUGGCCUAUAUCGGCAUGGUUAUCGGCACAGCCGUGGGACAAUACACGCACAACGUCACUGGCUGGAUCUUCGCCAUAACCGCUGGCAUGUUUCUUUAUGUGGCAUUAGUGGACAUGUUGCCAGAGAUGCUUCAUGGUGACAGUGAAGAACACAAGCGCUGUGAAAUGGGGCACUUCAUCCUGCAGAACUUUGGCAUGCUCACUGGGUUUGGCCUCAUGCUGCUGAUUGCCAUUUUCGAGGAUCACAUUGUGUUUGACUUUGGCUUCUAGCCGUUGACUGGCAUCAUUCAUUACUUUAAUCACACAUGUGCUUUGCCUUUAAGUGGCUUUGUUUUGUGAUGGUACAGUCCAGCAUGCAUGUCUAAAUAGACCGCAUCGGUGGCUUACAUUGGACUUGGACACGCAGACAAACGUGUUUACAUUUCAUCAUCUCGCAUCUUUCCCUCUCUAGGCUACACAAACCGGUUACUGUUUUCCUUCAAUACUCUUGUAGCUAUAGCUGGAUCUCAGUAUGCUGGAGCUUUUUCUCUUUAUUCCUUUUUGAUUUGAGUAGGUUUAUCCAAACAAACAUAUACACCUUGCAUUUCUGAGAAGCACUUCCCAGUAUUUGGGACUAUCCCUUUAAUAUUGAAGUGUUGUUUUAGGACCGUGUCAUUGAUAGAAUCACUCAUUGCAGCUGCCCAGUUCAACAGUCACCCAUUAAUUUGAAUGUGUUGAGCAUUGUGUCAUGUUUAGCUCUUUCAUUCAUUUGUAUCUCACAGUCCAUUCGUUGUAACUGAUGUUUUGUGUCAUGUACCUCUCUUGUGUCCACCAUGGUAGUGUCAAGAACAAGUCACAGAACUGUGUGCUAAAAUGGUGCAACGGAGCCCAACUGGCAUUUUUUUUUUAUUUAUUAAGAAGAACUGGUCCGCAUCGUGUAUCGGGAUUAAACACGACAAACAUGAUGCUUUUUAAAAAAUAACUUUUUUCUUUGAGCUUUGCUGAAAGCUUUGACUACUGGUUUCUUACUUACACUAUAUGUAUACUGUUGAUAGUGAUGGGAGAGUCCUCAUUCUUACAAUUUCAUUUGUUUAAACAUUUAUUUUCUGCUAUUAAUAUUAUUGGUUAAUAUUGUACUGUUGUUUUGACCAUGUUUGAAGUAAAAGGUGAGCAACAGUAUAAAUGAAUCACCUCUGACACAGUGCUGCCGAAAGACCGAACACGUUGAGAAGGUCAAUUAAAAAGUCCAGUAUUAACUUUAAUGCUGAAACACUGAUACUUGAAUGAAGAACAGUUAGAUAAGCAUAUCUGUACAUCAAGGAAUAGAUGAUCUUUCUUUGGAAUGUCUACUUAUUCAUUGAUAAUCAUGAUUAUUUAUCUGAAUAUAAAUACAACUUAUUUCCAUAUCAAAAUGUUGCCAUAGAUAAUGACUACACUUUUUAUUUUAUCCCAAACAUCAAGGUUACAGUCAAGAAAUAAAGUUAAUAAUCAUCAGGUUCCCAAAAGGAAAUUUGCUACUGAAGAUUCUUAUUUUUGUUAAACAUGCUAGCAUUUUGAAACAUCUUUGUUGCUUUUUAAUUAUAUUAAAGUUUUGUUAUUGCUGGACUAGAGUUUUUUUGUGACAAAUGCAAGUUCAUAACUUUUUUUACAUUGCCCAAAUAAAGUAACGUUCCAUACAAAUUUGGGGAAAACCAUUCCUUUUUUUUUUUUUUAAUUUGUCAAGUUCGCUAUAAUGUCAUUUACUUAUGAUAAUCUAAACGCUUUCAUUGUUGAUUCCAUCUUGUUAUUGAAAUUUCUUACAUUUCAAUUAUUAGACUUAUUUGUACUUGCAUACAGUCAAAUCUAUACAACAUCUCUUGAUUGGUCCUUUUGUUGAAUGUUGUUUUUGUUUUACAAGUUUUGAUUGUGCCAAAUAAGGUUCUGAAUUUGACACAAACACUGCCUUUGCCCACAGUCACCUCCACACUUUCAUGUUUGUUGCUUGAAUCCUCUACCGUCAUGAGUUUGUGGUGCUUGUUAUGUGAUUCAUGCAUAUCUUGUCACCAUGUGACCCAUUUGUUUGUUCUCAUGGGUAUGCAUCAUUAUUAAUUACAUUUGUCAAUGUACAUUAUUGAAUGGAAACAUGCAUGGGACAAAUGGAAGAAGCAAAAUGUUUUUGGCUGCAUUUAAUUUCUGCUAUGAAUUUUAUUUAAUUUUUUUCCACUAAAGUCCUUAAUUUUUACAGUUUGAUUGUAAAGCUAGUGAGUUUGGGGAUCAAGUGCAAAAACCUAAUCCCAGUUCACAGAGAUUGUCUAAAUUCUGUUUGUGUCUGUAAAAUAAAAUUUUCCAUGUAGUUGUCGUUUUAAUUUUAGAUGUUAAAAACAGAGUGAAAGAAACCGCUCUAGAGCUCAACAACAAUUGGAAUGAAACCCCUUUGGAGGAGUGUUGCAAAGAAAUAGUUCAAUUAAAAAGGACCAUUCAGAUAUCAAGCCAAAAGAUCCAUUACUUACAUUUUGUAAUGUCAAAUCUGGACAAUAAAAAAAUAAUUUUGUUUACUUGACCAUUAAAAGUUCCCAUUGUUGCAGAUUGUCUGUGCUUUCUUUGUCAGAAGAAAAAAAUAAAGUUUG